UCUACCUGCUGUUACCCGGAUAGACAUUGGCUAUAUAUUACGGACAAUUGAAGGCGGGGGUUGUAGUUCAAACCAAGAGUCGGUACUAGUCGAUAAGAGACUCCGUUCUGUGCUGCAGCGUCAGAAAUUAUUUGUGUAUUUUAAAUAUGGCUGGUGGUAAGGCAGGUAAAGACUCCGGGAAGACCAAGACGAAAGCCAUUUCGCGCUCGCAGAGAGCAGGGCUGCAGUUCCCGGUGGGUCGUAUCCACAGACACCUCAAGUCCAGAACCACCAGCCACGGCAGAGUGGGAGCCACUGCAGCGGUGUACAGCGCGGCUAUUCUGGAGUACCUCACGGCUGAGGUACUGGAGUUGGCAGGAAAUGCAUCAAAGGAUCUUAAGGUGAAGCGUAUUACCCCACGCCACUUGCAGCUGGCCAUUAGAGGAGAUGAAGAGCUGGAUUCACUUAUCAAGGCAACUAUUGCUGGUGGAGGUGUGAUCCCUCACAUCCACAAGUCUCUGAUUGGAAAGAAGGGCCAGCAGAAGACCGUAUAACCUGAAGUGCUCUGAAGUCUGCAUCAAGAAGUGUUUAAAUGUCUUAGAUUAGAACACCUUUUAGGAUUGAUUUGUAUUGAGCUUGCAUCUACUCACCUGGGGUAUUUUUUUAAAAGUGGCUUCAGAGAAGCUCAUUUUGUUUUUUUGUUUUGUUUUUUUCCUGGUGCUGCAGUUUUUGUGUUAAAACUUGCUUUUGUGGCGUUCCCAUGUUUAAAAGUGGUGUUUUAAUAAAGCUCUUAUCGGGCAUUUGCAGUUUGUUCUUUCA